GUAAUUUAUUUUGUAGAGCAACAAUUGGGAGAAUACAUUAUUUUAACCUUAUUUUUUUAAUAGAAUAGAAAAAUACAAAAGACAAAUGAAGAAUUAAUAUUUAUGUGGACAAAUUUACCCUUGUAAUCCUCUACUUCCGUGUGUACUCCCAACUAUAAAGCCCCACCCCCACUUGAAACCCCUCCACUAGUCUGGAAGACUCAUCGUUCUCCGCAUUCCCCGACAUAAAGAUGGCAGCAGCUGCUCCACCUCCUCCACCAACCCCUGCACCGGAUGCUCCCACCGGCCUCCCUGACUCCGACUGCACCCCCGUUGGCCACCCUCUCUUCUUAAGGAUCCGUCUCGCAACCCCCGCUGAUGUCUCCCACAUCCACAAAAUGAUCCACCAAAUGGCUGUCUUCGAGCGCCUCACUCAUCAAUUUGUUGCCACCGAAUCCUCCCUCUCCGCCACCCUCUUUAACAAUCCACCGUUCCAAUCGUUCACUAUCUUCCUUCUGGAGGUUUCCCCCAACCCUCUUCCCAAUAUAGUCUCCCCAAACUUCAUGCCCAUUGAGCGUAUAAUCCACUUCGACCUCCCUGUCAUUGAUCCAGAAGCCGAAAAUUUCAAAAGUGGAGGCAACGAUGUUGUGGUAGCUGGGUUCGUCCUCUUCUUCCCUAACUACUCAACUUUUUUAGCCAAACCAGGGUUGUAUGUGGAAGAUCUGUUCGUGAGGGAGUGUUACAGGAGGAAAGGAAUGGGGAAGAUGCUUCUGUCGGCGGUGGCUGCUCAGGCGGUGAAAAUGGGGUAUGGGAGAGUGGAGUGGACGGUGCUUGAUUGGAAUGUAAAUGCUAUUAAAUUUUAUGAGGAAAUGGGUGCUAAAAUCUUGACAGAGUGGAGGAUUUGCAGGUUGACUGGUGAAUCUCUUGAGGCUUAUCGUGAUGCCAUUUGAGGAUUAGGUUUGAAUUCUGCAAGUUAAAUUUCAUGUCUUAUGGAAAUUCUUGCUUUGAAUUAGAUUAGAUUUCUUUAGAAAUGUUUAUUUUCUUUAGUUUUUGUGUGGCUGUUCUGUUUUGGCUAAUAUCAGAAGAGAGAAAUGAUAUGGUUUUUCUUUUUCCUCCA